GACUAGCUAGAAAUUUUGGGGCAGAAUUCCAGAGUGAUAUGAUAUUCCAAGAUAGGCUUCCUACAGCUGGAGGACCAGUUGCUGAAUACCAAGGCCAAGUUCUUGGAGAAGGGAGGGGGACUUUAGAUAUCUUGGAGGAAAUGCACACCUGUUUCUUCUCUUUGGUUUUGAGUAUAGUUUAAAGAUCUUCCUUAACUGGUAUGUGGUCUUUUUGCAUAAAAUUCUUAUGUGUAGGUAUUUUAUUUCUGUUUUGAAAUUCUGUAAGUUUAUCUUGUAAUAAAAAUCAGUCUGAUAAAACACUAAUCUUAGACUAUAGGCGUUAAUAGCACAGUCUUCAAGAGGUGGAACCAAACAAUUUUAUUAGAGAGCUACUUUUUUAAGUAGCAAGUUUCCAGAAAUCUGUGAGUAUAGUCUUUCCUGAUGCUUCAGAGGACGGUCAGACAGGUUUUAUGUAGAGUUUGUUAGAGUAUGUUAUUGCCUUUAGGAACUGCUGCAGUUUGUUGCUAUGGGUCGUAAUGAAGAUAACAACAUAUGGGACUUGACAUUCACACCAUUUUUUGUCACCUGUUUGUUGCACGUGCUGUGCAGAUUUACAGUUGAAAUUUUGACUAAAUUUAUUCUCUACACAUUUCCCUUGAGGAGUAGGAGCAGUAUUACUGCUAGUAGUACACGUUUCAGUGUGCUGGUAAGCUGAAGGUUCAUUUCUUGGGUAAGUACACUUGGGUGCACUGUUAGGUGAAAUGUCUUUAAAAAUGUUUUCCAGUUUUUAAAUGUCUUAUCAAAAUGUUCUUCUGCUUUUUAUACGUCUUUAAAGUUUGCCUUGCUUUAUGUAAUAUGAAUAACAAAUGUUUCUGUGGUAUUGUUUUCAUGGUAAUAAUUUGGCUUGUAUUAAUUAUAAAAUGUCCGAACAUACUUUGGUAGUAAUGUAUCAUGUUUAAGGUUUUAACAGCACUAGCUUUCCCCAAGAAGAGCUUCUGUCAUUGUUUCACUACAGGGCUUUAGUAGCUGCUUUUAUCUUUAGCAAAGAACUUGCAGCAGGGUAUCCCUAAUUUCUGUAGUGUAAGUUAUUUGAUCUGUCUCAGCCAAGCUGCUGGAUGAGAGUGGGGAGGAAAAAAAAAAAAAAAAACAACAACUUGAUUAGGUUGGAAACUAUGGUUGCAAUUGAUGCUCUAUUUGGAUAAUUUAAAAUUAUCUAUAGACUGUGCCUGUUUGCAGGCAACCUUAUUCUUUUCUCCGAAUAAGGAACAAUUCCCUCAUAGUUAUAACAUUGGGCAUGAAAAAAUGAGUCUUUACCAUCCCUCCUCCCUGUUUUUUAAAAUGGCAUGCCUCAUGUAUAUGCCUAUGCUGUCUCCUCUGAAGUGUUAGUGCUUUCUUGUAUUGUUACACCCCUUCAGUCACCUGAAGGUGAAAAGGGAGAACAGGAAAAGCACUUGACUUGACCUCUUGUGUUGGUGAAAACUAGCAAAAUGGAGUUAAACAUUAAUUAAAAAUUUUGAAAUUUAAUAUGAGUGUCCAUGACCUUGAAAUACCAGCCAACAGCUGUGGCUGUGCUAAUGAGCAUUGUGAUGGUUAUAACUGGAUGGGAGUUGUUGCAGACUUCUUUUUUUUUUAUAUCAGAUCCUUCAAGGGUCUUCCUUUUAUCUUAAUUAUUUCGAUAAAUUCUGCAUCUGGCACAGUAUCCAAACCCAUAACCUGGUGAGACAGCUGCAUGUGUCAGACUGCCUUGUAAUAACCAUCAGAAUGUACUAAUAGAGGUGAGAUGCCAUUUAUCUCCAGUGAAUAUAUGCUGCUGUUUAAUCAGCUACCAAAACUUUCACGUUCAGUUUGAGGAACAAAUAAAUUUUUUGGUUACCGAACAUACUCGGUUUAACUCCAGGUCUGAACAAUGUACCUGUUUGCAACUGUUCAGAGCUAUUACUCUUCCUGUUUGGGAGAUGGGGAAACUUGCUAUCUUAGUGGAGUACAGCUUGACAGUUUGGUCAGUUACUGGAGGGGGGAGUGGUAAGCUGUUGGAGGUAAGUUUCCCGAUUUCCCAAUUGGCUCCAGUUGCAGCCUGUCCCGUGUUUUUGCACGCUGGCUGCAGUGGGGAUGCCCGCGCUGCAGUGGGACCAGUGACAGAAGCUGUUCUUUAGAAUUUUCAGGAUGGCUGUUUUCUGCGUCAGAAUGAGACAGUCCUGCUGGGCAGAGCCAACGCCAAGAGCAAAGGUAAGGUAAAGUUUAUUCAAUGGGAAUGCUUAAGACAGCCAAGCAGCUAGUACCAUCUGCUACGGUAAUAGUCACAGGACUUCCUUUUUACCGUUAGAUUCAGUUUUAGUUUUUGUACUACAACUUUUCCUGUUCUGUAAAUAACUUUAUGAUGCUGGAUACUUUUCAUUAAACUAGUUUGAAUUGAAGUAGUAUGUGCUUAGAUUUAAAUGUUAAUUGUGACUUUUUUCCGUUCCCUUUUCAAAAUUCUUUAAUCUGCUGUUUCCUCUUUCUUUCAUCUGGAAAAAAAAUGGGGUAUAAUGUAAGCUGGUCUCUAUUUCAUCACGGGAGAUGGUGAUUCUAUAAAGUAGUGCUGAAAAAAUGCACUAAAAAGUUUUGGGAGGAAUGAGACCCCAGGAAACAUCUGCUUUCUUUAUACACCCUCUCUUGGAGACUUUCAGCAAUGCUGUGGUGUGCGAGAAAAUGCUUGCUGUCUGCGACCAUGCUGAGUUACAGCUCGUGAGGAAAAAGGGGGCAUUUUCACCCCAAUGCUCAGUGACUCGGUUGCAUAUGUGGGAUUGAAUACUGGAAAAUGAAGUCAGUAAUCUUCUUAGUAACUGCAAACCAACUGUAUGCAGUUGUGGUCCAAACAGUGGAUGUAAAACUAAAUCCAAGUAAGGAGAAAGUUGGAAUGCAAUAGAUCUGUGAAUGUGAGCUCCUCACAUUUGUUCAGGGAUCGAUAUGUAAAUUUUCUCAGUGGCCAUUCUAGAACCUGAUGGACAUCUGGCUUUAAUUCACACCUGUGAAAAUGAAAGAGCAAAAUUAUUUACAGCAUGUUUCCUUGGUUCUGACACACAGAAUUAUUUUCCUCAGAACAGAUGAGUUUGAUCUCCAUUUUUUUCCUGUUACUUGGUGCUGGGCUGUAGCUUUCAAUGCCUUUGCUGAAAUAGUGGGGUUUUGUUUUUUCCCUCUUUCUUCAAACUAUACAGAACUCUUACUUGCAAAACCUGGUUUAGCCAAGAGGACUUCAACGAACUGUGAUGUGAAAGGCUUCUCAAAUAUUUUCUUUGGUCUCUUUUUUUUUUUGGUUGCUUUUUGUUGUGGGCAAAGGUAAUUCUCUGCUCUGUAUUAGCAUAUCAAAAGCACCAGUAUCUUAAAGCAUCAUUUGCUGAGAAGCUGUCUAGGAAGUCUCCUUUUGCUAUCUGUGAAGCCUUACUAUAGCAUACUUUUAAAACCAGUUUUCAGAAUUUGUGCAGCCUCAGAAGCCUCUCCUGGUGGCACCUGCAAGUUUGACUUCUUUUGGACUUCAUGGAAAAAUACUGUUGUGUUUUUGUAUUUUUAUAAUUGUGUGUAGUUUCAGUUAUAGUUUGUUAGAGGCUAAGACUGUUAGAUAUUAACCCUUUAUAAUUACCCUGUAUAUGCAGAUUGUACAUUUAUACAAUGCUUCACCUGUUGUACUGUGUUUGUGAGAUGUUACCAUUUAAGAUGGCACUUUAUUUCAAAUAAAAGCCUGUUGUUUCUCAGUUGAUAGUAUUUAAUAUUGAUGGUGAUUGUGAGUUGUAUGAUGUUGUAAUGUGCCGUUGGACCACAAAGAGCUGGAGGUGGGAAUCAGUGGUUCUGGGGGCUGCCUUCUUUCUGCAGGUGAUAUUUGAAAAGUGAUUCCUGAGGUAAAGUGUUACGUUUCUGGGGGAGAGGGCAUGGGGAGGGAUUGUAUGGUUAAUUUUUUUUUCUUUUUCAUUUCCCCUGUCCCCCAUGAUUUGUGGUAUUGCGUACCUUGUGCUUUCUGCUUGUUUUUUUCUUUACUAUUAAACUGCUGAUGUUUAUUUCCAGGAAUGUUUUGCAAAUGUCCUUCUCACUCUUCCCCUCUACAACUGUAGGCGUUCGUUGUGAAACAUCUUUUGGAGUAUACCCAACAGAGUGAGUCCAACCUGCAGUACAGCUUGUUUUUAGUUUUUGGCAUCUUUAUGACGGAAAUAGUGCGAUCUUGGUCCCUUGCGCUAACCUGGGCCUUGAAUUACCGCACGGGGGUUAGACUGCGUGGAGCUAUCUUGACAAUGGCAUUUAAGAAAAUUCUCAAGCUGAAGAAUAUCAAGGAGAAGUCUCUUGGCGAGCUCAUAAAUGUAUGUUCCAAUGAUGGUCAAAGGAUGUUUGAAGCUGCAGCAGUUGGCAGUUUGUUGGCUGGGGGCCCUAUUGUGGCCAUCUUAGGAAUGGUUUAUAAUGUAAUUAUUCUGGGCCCAACAGGCUUCUUGGGCUCUGCUGUCUUCAUCCUUUUCUACCCCGCAAUGAUGUUUGUAUCACGCCUCACUGCUUAUUUCAGAAGAAAAUGUGUAUCAACAACAGAUGAACGUGUGCAAAAGAUGAAUGAAGUUCUUAAUUACAUUAAGUUCAUUAAAAUGUAUGCCUGGGUCAAACCAUUUUCUCAGAAUGUUCAAAAGAUUCGUGAGGAAGAACGUAAAAUCUUAGAGCGUGCAGGCUACUUCCAGAGCAUCACUGUGGGCGUGGCUCCCAUAGUUGUAGUCAUUGCCAGUGUGGUGACUUUUUCUGUCCAUAUGAUCCUUGGCUACGAUCUUACAGCAGCUCAGGCAUUCACAGUGGUCACUGUCUUUAAUUCAAUGACUUUUGCUCUAAAAGUAACACCUUUCUCAGUGAAAUCUCUAUCUGAGGCAUCUGUGUCCGUUGACAGAUUCAAGAGUUUAUUUCUAAUGGAAGAGGUUCAUAUGAUAAAGAAAAAACCAGCCAAUCCUCACACCGCGAUAGAGGUGAAAAAUGCUACCUUGGCUUGGGACUUCUCCCACGCCAGCGUCCAGAGCUCACCAAAGUUGACCCCCAAAGUGAAAAAAGACAAGAAAGUAACCAAGGGCAAGAAAGAGAAAAUGAAGCUGCAGAAUGAGGGACAGCAAGCUGUGCUGGCGGAGCAGAAGGGCCAUCUUCUAGUGGACAAUGAUGACCAUCCUAGCCCCGAAGAGGAGAACAGAAUCAUCCACCUGGUUAACCUUCGGCUUCAGAGGACUCUCUACAACAUUGACUUGGAGAUAGAAAAGGGAAAACUUGUUGGAAUUUGUGGCAGUGUGGGGAGUGGAAAAACUUCACUUAUUUCGGCAAUUUUAGGACAGAUGACCUUGUUGGAGGGUAGCAUUGCUGUAAGUGGAACAUUUGCAUAUGUGGCCCAGCAGGCCUGGAUUCUCAAUGCUACACUUCGGGACAACAUUCUUUUUGGAAAGGAAUACGAUGAAGAAAGAUACAACACUGUGUUGAAUGGUUGCUGUCUAAGGCCUGACCUAGCCAUCCUGCCAAAUGGGGACCUGACUGAGAUUGGUGAACGAGGAGCUAACCUGAGUGGAGGACAGCGUCAGAGAAUCAGUCUGGCUCGAGCCCUGUACAGCGACAGGAGCAUUUACAUCCUCGAUGAUCCCCUUAGUGCCUUAGACGCUCAUGUUGGAAAUCACAUUUUUAACAGUGCAAUAAGGAAGCACCUGAAGUCAAAGACUGUCCUUUUCAUCACUCAUCAGCUUCAGUAUCUUGUUGACUGUGAUGAAGUGGUCUUCAUGAAAGAAGGCUGCAUUACCGAGCGAGGAAGUCAUGAGGAAUUAAUGAAUUUAAAUGGGGACUAUGCAACCAUUUUUAAUAACCUACAGCUGGGAGAGACACCACAUAUUGAGAUUAAUAUAAAGAAGAACACAAACAGUUCACUGAAAAGACCCCAGGAUAAAAGUACCAAAGCAGGGUCUGUGAAGAAGGAGAAAGUUGUGAAGAAGGAAGAGGGCCAGCUGGUUCAGUUGGAAGAGAAAGGCAAAGGCUCUGUCCCCUGGUCUGUGUAUGGCAUCUACAUUCAGGCAGCUGGAGGCCCCUUUGCAUUCCUCGUGAUAAUGGCUCUGUUUGUGCUGAAUGUGGGCAGUACAGCUUUUAGCAACUGGUGGCUCAGUUUCUGGAUCAAACAAGGCAGUGGAAACACGACCGUGACUUUGGGAAAUGACACCGUCAUAAGUAACAGUAUGAAAGAUAACCCUCACAUGCAUUACUAUGCUGGCAUCUAUGCGCUGUCUAUGGCAGUGAUGUUGAUUCUGAAAGCUGUUCGUGGUGUUGUCUUUGUAAAGGGAACUCUUAGAGCAUCGUCAAGGCUCCAUGAUGAGCUGUUCCGACGGAUUCUGCGUAGUCCCAUGAAGUUCUUUGACACUACACCCACUGGGCGGAUUCUCAACAGGUUUUCCAAAGACAUGGAUGAAGUUGAUGUUCGUUUGCCAUUUCAAGCAGAAAUGUUCAUCCAGAAUGUCAUCCUUGUGUUCUUCUGUGUGGGGGUGAUUUCUGGAGUUUUCCCCUGGUUCCUGGUGGCAGUGGGGCCCCUCAUUGUCCUGUUCACAGUUCUGCAUGUUGUGUCUAGAGUCUUUAUUCGAGAGCUCAAGCGUCUGGACAACAUCACACAGUCUCCAUUCCUGUCUCACAUUACAUCUAGCAUACAGGGUCUGUCGACAAUCCAUGCCUACAACAAAGGACAAGAAUUCCUGCACAGGUAUCAGGAGCUUCUAGAUGAUAAUCAGGCACCGUUUUACCUGUUCAGCUGUGCAAUGCGCUGGCUAGCUGUACGGCUGGACAUUAUCAGCAUCGCUCUCAUCACAACCACUGGCCUUAUGAUUGUUCUCAUGCAUGGCCAGAUUCCUCCUGCCUACGCUGGGCUGGCUAUUUCAUAUGCUGUGCAGUUAACAGGGUUAUUCCAGUUUACAGUCAGACUUGCUUCAGAAACAGAAGCUCGCUUCACCUCAGUGGAGAGGAUUGAUCACUAUAUCAAGACUCUUUCAUUGGAAGCUCCUGCUCGAAUUAAGAAUAAAACUCCCCCUCUGGACUGGCCACAGGAAGGUGAAGUUGUUUUUGAAAACGCAGAGAUGCGGUACCGAGAAAAUCUCCCUCUAGUACUUAAAAAAGUGUCCUUUACCAUCAAACCAAAGGAAAAGAUUGGCAUUGUGGGAAGGACAGGCUCAGGGAAGUCUUCCCUUGGAAUGGCACUCUUUCGUUUGGUUGAACUGUCUGGAGGCUGCAUUAAAAUUGAUGGAGUGAAAAUAAAUGACAUUGGUUUGGCAGAUCUUCGCAGCAAACUGUCAAUAAUUCCUCAGGAACCUGUGCUAUUCAGUGGCACUGUAAGAUCAAACUUGGAUCCUUUCAAUCAGUACAGUGAGGAGCAAAUCUGGGUUGCUUUGGAAAGGACUCACAUGAAGGAGUGUGUUGCCCAGCUGCCUAUGAAACUUGAUUCAGAAGUAAUGGAAAACGGAGAAAACUUCUCAGUUGGAGAGAGACAGUUACUGUGCAUAGCUAGAGCUCUACUGCGUCGUUGCAAGAUUUUGAUACUGGAUGAAGCAACAGCUGCUAUGGACACAGAGACAGACUUACUGAUUCAGGAGACUAUCAGAGAGGCAUUUGCAGAUUGCACUAUGUUAACGAUUGCUCAUCGCCUGCAUACUGUACUGGGUUCUGAUCGGAUCAUGGUGCUAACACAAGGACAGGUAGUGGAAUUUGAUACGCCGUCUGCCCUUCUGGCCAAUGAGAACUCACGCUUCUAUGCUAUGUUUGCUGCUGCAGAGAACAAGGCUGGGAGUUCCUUCAACUUUCUCGAUGCCAGCACUGGCUCUUGCCUGGUCCAGCCGUGACCCAGUUCAGAAAGCUAACUUGCAGGAAGUUCACCUUCCAAAAGCAGGAAUGCUGUACAAAGGAGGAGACAGCAAGGCACACCUGGAAGGGAGGCUGCUCUUUUUAGUAGGUGCUAACUGUCACACUAGCUUAGCUAUGAGAGGAAACCAUGCUCAGGAUUCAUUGCACCAAACUGCUGCUUGCCAGUCAUGCUCUCCUAAAAUGGUGAAUACUUUUGCUGCUUCAGUGAGCUGAAAUAGCUCAAGAUAUUAAACAAGUGUCUGCAAUGGAGCAGGCAAAUGGUGACAUGUGGACAGCAGGGAUUAGCUCAACUGUUUCAUUAAACCUUAGUCCCAGCAUUGUUAUUUUAGAUAUAAGGAGAUAAACUGCCAGAAGAAACAUUCUUUCUGCUGUAAUCUCUUAACUGCUUCAUUUGGCACUUGUCUCACAGAUAGUACGGAAGUAUUGCUUCUCAUUUGGGUAGCAGUAAAUUUUACUGGCUUUCGUCCUGAACCAUAGGAGCAAGCUGAAACCUGUCCUGGGGCCCUGUCACUGACAUGGAAAGAAGAAACAUCAGUAUUUAUGAUGAGACCGAAACAUCUCUUUUGAAGUGUUCUACGAGGGGUUGUUGAUGAUGGGAAUUUUCAGAACUUGGGUCCUGCAUUAAAAUGUCUAGUGUGAUAUCCUGGUGAUUUCACCCUGCAAGCUGCAGAAUGAGACCGUAGGACUGGGACGGGGAAUUUCCUUAAAGGGAUCUUACCCAAAAUAGCACGAAGAUAACACAUCUUUCCUAUAUAGCAAAGGACAUGGCCCAGGACCAACAGAUGGGUGACUUGAGAGAGAUUUACUUCAAAUAAUUUUUGUGUUUGCUGUAUGGGCCUUGGGAAUUCAGUUGCAUCCAUUUUGUUCAGACGCAAGCGAGUGCAACAGAUCCUGAUUCAUUAUCCUAAGUUUAGAAACUCUUAGGAUGUGUUCCUGCUUGUCUGAUCUCGUCUGAGUGGGAACACUGUGCUUGUUUGGGAUGUCAAUCAGCAUGGAGGUAGGAGUUUUCUAAAAUUGCCCAGUGGCAUUAAUGUGCAACUCGCUCGGUAUAAUUAAGUCCAAAAUCAGGCCCUGGAGACGUGCCAGUCUGAAUGCCUAGGGAACUUCACCGUUCCCUACGGUGAAGGUCGUAUACGGUCAGAUCCAGAGGGGCUCCAGUUGUGGACCAAACACUGUCCCUAGAUGGAACCCAGAGGGAGAUCAGGCAGUCUUAGAACAUUGCUGGCAACAAAAAAGGAGAAAGCUCAAUUAUUUUAAAAGGUGAAUUGUAUGAACGAGACGAGGAGAAAUGUAGCAAGAGGAAGGGAUAAGUGCUGAAAAUUUGGUUUACAAGAGGAGGAUGUGGAGAGUAUAGAUGUCAGGACAAAAAGUUCCUUUUAAAAAGGGAUUGGAUGAGGACAAAAUUGCUUCUUGAAGAUGCUUCGAAAUAAUAUAAUGAGACGGUUCAGGGUAGCUGUAGUGUCCUUAUCAGCCAAAGAACUUUUCUGAAUGUUGCCUUGUUAUUUUUUUACUGCAACCAUAGUGUGUUUUACUAUGAUCAAUCACAAAGGUUUUCUUUAUAGUUCCAGCUUCAGACUGGUCUGGGAUAAUACCGUGAUUUGUUUUACCCUUGCUUCAGCUGGAGGCGGCAGCCAGGUUGUGCUGGUGCCAGUUACCCCCCGUGUAUGACGAUGCAAUGGACACUCAACUGGAACAUGAUGUAAUGCUGCUGUCGCUAGUGUAAGGCUUGGGAGGCUUUUAGAAUGUACCACUACGGGUCCAUUAAACCCGCAACCAUGUAAUAAAUGUUCCUGUGUCAU